AUGAGAGUUCUGCGACAACGACCGAUACGUGUCACCUACACGAUCGAUGAGUCUAGCGAUGAAACCGACGUCGACUGCAAAUCGACCGUUUCGGAAGGCGAACUCAUCGAACGGACUGUGAAUAUUAACCCGUUUGGACAAAGUAUGUGGUUAUUUUCAUUUUCUUGGAUUUUUAGAGUCACUGUUAGAUGAAAAUGAUUUGAUGGUCGUUUUACAUGGGUCCAAGAGCAGUCCUAUUUUAGGCAAAAAAUUGUCAUGCUAUGUUGUCAUAUCAUGACGUUUCUUAUAUUACCGGUAACCAAAAGAAAAAAUGUAGUUUUCUCAAGCUCUAUUUAGACUGAAAAUAAGUUUUAUAAUUUUAGUGCGUUUGAAUUUACACUGAAAUUAAAUAACUUAGCCUUGAACAAAGCAUUUUUAGAUUUUGCUAUGUUACGCUAGCUUAUUCCUAUUUUUUCCAGAAGAUUUUCCCAUUUGGCAAUGCUACUCUUGUGAACUUGGUUUCCGAGACCAUCUUGACUUCUACUCUCAUGUGACAAAUAUGGUAAGCCGUUAAUUUAUAUUAUCUAUCAUCCCCCUAAGUCAUCAAAAUUUCUUUUCUAAAAUUAUAAUUUUCAGCACUCUGAAUUCUUGGAUGUAAAAAUGAAGGCGAGAAUAUCGAGACCAGUGAAGAAAGGACGAGUGUUUUGUGGAGUUUGCCGUGAUAUUUUUGAUUCCCAUGAGGAACAUGAAACAAUACAUUAUAGUACAAAACUGGGGAAAGGAGCGAUGAUAGAGUGUACAAACUGCUACAAGACGUUUGACAGUAAGUCUAAGGGUGUUUCGGGAGUUUAGAACGGUGUCGAUUUAUAGGUCUUGGAGAUUAUUUUGGAAAAAUUUAUAUUGUAGUAGACAAAAAAAGUUGAAACCGCUGGUAAACGCGACACGAAAUAUUGAUUAUUUUAUUAUGCACGAGUGAAAAAUUGUAUUUUACGGUAUUUUUAAAGCUCAAUAAUAAUUUUUAAACCGAAAAAAUCAAGAUUUCUGCAAUGAAUUGCAAAAAGUAUCUGAAACGUCAAUGAAUCGCGUAAAAAUACUAGGAUUCCGAUGGAUCUUAUCCAAAGAGUAAUCCCACGCAACGCUAACUGGAUUCUGAAUCUCUCCGUCGGCUUCUCCGCAAUUUUUUCGCAUUUUAUUCCCCCGCUUUCGUUUGAUUUUCCCCUUAUUUUUCACAGGAAAACUGCGAAAAAUUCCACGUAGUCAAGGCGGUUUCUCUCGCUACAAAAGAAUAACAUAGUAUAACGGUAAUCAAAGGGAGAUUGGAAACAAUCAAUUAUUUUCAAGGAGAUUUCGAGAUUUUUUUUGGGACUUUUUAUUGAUUAUGGUGAAUUUAGAAAGUAAUGUUAUUUCUAAAUGAAAUGUAAUGAAAAUUUGGGCUUUAUUAGCUUCUGGGAGCUAGAAAUAUUAAAAAUUACUGCCCUAUUUACCGAUUAAUUUUAUCGAAACCGUAUUUUACUUUUAAAUUUUUUUCCAGCCGUCGACCAGAUGAAGGCCCACCAUUCCAAGGCCCACACAAUCGUCCGUCCGAGUAUUUACCAAAGCUGCUGUGUGUGCAAGCGAUUAUUCAACAAUCGAAAUGUCCGCGACCAACAUUUCAUUACUCAUUUACCUUUCAUAGUCCAAAAAACGAUGGAAAAGGUGGAUCAAAUGCACGUCUUCAUGGGCGGUCAGUUCUUUACAUAAUUUCGAGGGAUUAUGGUGAUUUUGUGGAAAAAAUGUUGAGGGAUUUGAAUGUUUUUGACUAAUAGAGGAUUUUUUGGAAGCAAACUCAAAAAGGACUCAAGAGUUUUUUCCAGAUUUUAUUACAAAAAUAACAAAAUAUCGCAGUUUUUGCAUUGUGCAAUCAUUUUUUUCAUUUCUGUUUUUUAGAGCUCUCGAUAGGGAAUCAAUGCCCUUUAUGUGGAUUCAUCGUGAGCACAAGGAAGUCCCUCAGACAACAUGCAAUUUUCCAACAUUGCCUCAGGUCAUUUGACGACUUGCAAAAAUUUUUGGGCCCAAAACUGGAGGGGAUCGACAAAAAUGAACUCAAAAUUGUGAAAAAAGUCAUAUCAAAUCCCGACUUGCUAUGGAAACGAUCAAGACAGACCGUGUCUGAAUGUGAUACGGGCAGAGUGAAGCAAGAAGUGGUCAAAGUGAAAGCAAUGGACGAUCUGGAUGCUAGUUUAAUGUCCAAAAAAGUGAAAUUGGAACCAAAUUCGGAGGAAGAAAUCAUUCUGGAUGAGAAUUUCAGAGAAAGGUAGGAUGGCGUUUUAUAAAGAAUUCGGGGAAAAGAUGAUUUUUAAGAGACAGGGUUGGAAGACACGUUUUCUUUGGAAAAAUUUGAAAAUUUUUCCUAAAAGGGGAGACUUUGCUACAAUGGGGGAAGUUUUAUUGCAAUAUCUAGACAGUAUUUGAAGUAAAAUUGCGUAUUUUAGCCAAAAACGCAACCAACUCCGAGCGUAUAUGCUCCAAAUUGGCGUGGAUCCGGAAAAUCCCACAAAAUGUCGCAUAUGCGGGGAAGAGCAGGACGAUUUAAUACUCCUGGAGGUCCAUCUCGCCAUGAAACACAUAAACCUGGCCAAAAAUCGCAGUGCAAUACCUAGCUCCGAGGACAGCGACUCGUCCUAUUCAUCCACAUAA